UGCGUCGUGAAGGACAUUCUGGGAUUAGCACACCGCUUGCAAGUAGCUUCUUGCAUUACUUCCUGCUCGUUGCUAACACAUAAUGGGCAGCUCUCCUGAUGAAGCUGGAAUUAUCAGGCGAGAAGGGUCGAGAGUCAAAAGCUGGUGCUGCAGUCCCAGUAAGGAGAAUGCAGACCGUCAAGUGUGUGAUGGUGGGUGAUGGGGGAGUGGGUAAGACCUUCCUCCUCGUCACUUACUCGACCAGUGUUUUUAAGAAUAGAUACCUUUCUGCACUGUUUGACAAUUACACCGGCGACAUAAGCGUCGACGGGCACGCAGUGACCCUCACUCUGUGGGACACGGCAGGCCGUGAUGAGCGGCUGCGUCCCUUCGUCUAUGCUCAGGCAGAUGUUUUCAUAGUCUGCUUCUCUAUCGGCAGCCCUUCCUCUUACGCCAACGUCACGCUCAAGUGGAAACCCGAACUGUCUCAGCUUUGCCCCAAAGUGCCAGUCCUAUUGCUUGGCACCAAGUCGGACCUGAGAGGCGACGAAGAAACGGUGAAGAAGCUAAAGGAGCAGGGUUUGGCGCCCACCACCCAUCAGCAGGGGGACGUCCUGGCCGAGCAGAUCGGGGCCGCUAAGUACAUGGAGUGUUCCGCUCUGCAGCAGGAAAACAUGAGGGAGGUGUUUGAGGAAGCUGCGAGGGUGGUGUUGUUUCCAGCCCCUAAAAAGAAUUGUAUAAAGUGUGUGCUGCUGUAGUAAAGAGUUCCCAGGUUUGGACAAUGGAGCGGAGCAAUGAAGAUCAACAGACACAAAGGCACGCAGAGGAACAAAGGAGGUUAUCUGGCGUCUUCCUCACUUGGCUUUCUCCUGUGUUCCUUAUUCAUUGCUUGCGGUGCAGCUAGGGACAGAAAAAAAAAACGCAUCAGAGCACAUGUCAUGUAUUAAUUUGCUCUUGGCUUUGUUUUUAAAUUGUUUUACAUUUUCAGUAUGCAUUUUACACUAAAGUAUUACUUCAUAAACAAAUUACAAUACCAUAUAUUUGAAUUAGAAAGAGACAAAGAUACCAUACUUUUCAACUUGUUCAGAUUUUGAGAACAAAUGACCUCAGUGUUUUAUUGAAGUUUUACGUGAACACAGGGUAAAGUGGACGGAUAAUGAUGCAAGUUUUUUUUUUUUUGUCCAUCUCUCUUCUUAGAAUGAAAAAUCUAAACGGUUCAGCCUACAUAUGUAUGAACAUAGCAGGGAAGUGUUUUGAGGCAUAUUUCUAAGAGAUUUGGAAGAGAGACUAAAAUUUUUGCCCAUUCUUCAUUGCAAAAUAUCUCAAGCUCAAUUGGGUUGAAUGGACAGUGAUUUUCAGUUCUUGCGCAGGAUUUGUAGUCAAACGUUAGUCUGGACUUUAACUGGGUCAUUCCCACACCCAAACAUGCUUUGCUCUAAAACCAUUCCACUGUAGCUCUGCCUGUGUGGUUUGAGGCAUUGUUCAUCUUUUGUACUCUGUUCUUUUCCAGCCUCUGACAGGUUUUCUUCUGGGUUUUCUGUUUAUUUAACAUCAUCCAUUUUCCUGUCAACUCUGACCAGCUUCUCUGUUAAAGCCCAGUCGGAGCGUCCCUUCAGUAUGAUAAUGCCACCAUUAUCUUUGAUGGUGGCAUUCAGUGUCGGUAAUCCUACGUUUGGACUGUAAAGUUGGUAGCUGGAUUGUAUUUAGCAGUAUCAGAGUACAAGGGCUGGAUAAAAAGAAAGAGAAUAAAUGUUUUUAUGUACA